AGUCUCCAGACCUGUCCUGGAGACCUUGCUGAUCUCCAGCUGCCAGCAAACAAUCAUCUGAACAUCUCUCUUUCUCCAGUGACGCCUGCGUCUCUAGCGCUCGUUCGCAAACGACCCAGAGCUGCCCCUCCGUCCCCCCUCUGAUGUUUUCUUAUUGGGAACAGUCCCGCUGAGACGGGUGUGUCAGGUUUACCAUCUGUAGAAAUUUCUUGAAUAUCUUGUAGGUCUCUAAUCGCAGCUUGGAGUUUACUUUCUCUUUUCCGUCGUCUCGAAAAAAAUGGCAAUGCUUUCAGGGUUUGUCUUUGUAUUGCUGGUCCAAACUGUAAACCUUCAACUUACACCUCGAGGACCCAGGCCAAUACCGGGGCGAGGUGACAGUCCAGAGCCAACGGUACCUCCACUCUUGCCUGAACCCACACCAAGACCUGAAGGCUGUGAAGGUAUAAUCGACUGUCCCAUCAGGGUGUACUUCACUAUUGACACCUCAGAAACCAUCGCAUUGCAGGAGCCCCCACCUGGCAGCCUGGUGGAGAGUAUCAGAGAAUUCACAAAGAUCUUUGCCGAGAGGCUGGCUGAUGAGGAGUACAGGGGCCAUGUCCAGAUCACUUGGUCCAUAGGUGGGCUGCACUUCUCCCAGAAGCAGGUGGUCUUCAGCCAGCUCACAACCAGAGAGAACUUCAUCAGGAAUCUCGCUUCGAUCCGAUACCUGGGCAAAGGCACUUACAUCGACUGUGCCCUCAAAAACAUGACUCACCAGAUGACCCAACAUUACACAGAGACGAAGGCGGUUCUCUUCGCUGUGGUCAUCACUGAUGGCUACGUGACAGGAAAUCCAUGUUCAGGGAUCAAGGUGAUGGCGGAAAAGGCCCGGGAUCAAGGGAUCCAGAUUUUCUCAGUAGCAGCGUCCAAGGAGAUCGAUGAAUUUGGAAUGAGGGAGAUAGCGAACUCUCCGUAUGAGCUGUUCCGUGACGACUACAUAGCGGUGGAAAUCGUUGAUGGGAAACCAAGACUAAGCACUAAAACCAUUGAUCGUAUCGUAAAAGCAAUGAAAUACCAAGCAUAUUUACAGUGUUACAAACCAAGAUGUUUCGAGAGUCCUGGGCGCCCUGGACUAAGAGGUCCCUCAGGUCCAAAAGGCACAAAAGGAGACAGAGGCCCUCUAGGGCCAAAGGGUGAAAGAGGAAGACAGGGUGAUCCUGGCAUUGAAGGUCCAAUUGGACGACCUGGUCCAAAGGGAGAGGCUGGUUUAAAGGGUGACAAGGGGGAAAUUGGAUUAACUGGAGCAAAGGGUGUUGCAGGUUUGACUGGCAAGAAUGGAACUGAUGGGCAAAAGGGGAAAAUUGGACGAAUUGGAGCUCCCGGUUGUAAAGGUGAUCCAGGCGACAAGGGACCAGAUGGCUACCCAGGAGAUGCUGGUGAAACUGGACUAUUAGGUGACAAAGGAGAAAAGGGUGACACAGGCCUUCCUGGAAAGCCAGGCCCCCCAGGCCCUAAGGGUAAUCCAGGUCUGAAGGGUGAAAGAGGAAAUCAAGGAAAUCCAGGACAGCCUGGACAAAGAGGGAGUCCGGGGAGAAAGGGUUCACCUGGGGCAAAAGGCGAAGAGGGGAGGAGAGGAAACCCGGGAAUAAAGGGAUCACAAGGAAACACUGGGCCAAAAGGGAAAAAGGGAGAACGAGGCCCGGAGGGAAGCAGAGGUCGGCCUGGGGAAAAUGGACUCAAGGGCGCUAAGGGGGACCUGGGACUACCGGGACCGAGGGGUCAGCCAGGAGAACUAGGCGCCCCUGGACGAAAUGGCACGACGGGAGAUCCUGGAGAUUCAGGACCAAGGGGAGACACUGGGCCACUUGGACCAAAGGGUGACAGAGGAAGGCAAGGUUUCAGCUAUCCUGGAUCAAGGGGACCGCCUGGAGACAGGGGUGCACCGGGUAGGAGAGGACCCAGAGGGAGCAGAGGUGGCUGUGGCGCCAAAGGAGAAUCUGGAAAUAAAGGGCAACCAGGAGCGCCUGGUGAACCAGGCCAGUCGGGGCCGCCAGGAGAAAGAGGGCCUAGAGGAGAACGUGGACCUGAUGGGGAUCCAGGACCAGCAGGCGAUUCUGGGCUCACUGAAUGUGAUGUCAUGAGCUACAUCAGAGAGACGUGUGGUUGCUGCGACUGCGAGAAGCACUGUGGAGCUAUGGACAUCGUGUUUGUAAUUGAUAGCUCAGAGAGUGUCGGNCUGACAAACUUUACCCUGGAGAAGAACUUUGUUAUCAACACCAUCAACAGGCUGGGAUCUAUGGCGCCCGAACCUACAUCAACAACAGGCACAAGAGUUGGAGUUGUACAAUACAGUCACAACGGGACCUUUGAGAGCAUUCGUCUCGAUGACCCAAACAUAAACUCCAUGACUGCAUUCAAAACUGCAGUGAAGAAUCUGAGGUGGAUUGCUGGGGGCACCUUCACCCCCUCUGCUCUGAAGUACGCCUAUGAUAACCUCAUCAGGGACAGCAAGAGAGCCCGAUCCAAAGUGUCCGUCGUCGUGGUCACAGACGGCCGCUUUGACCCCCGAGACGACGACAAUCAGCUCACAUACCUCUGCAACGACCCCGCUGUGGUGGUGAAUGCCAUCGGGAUAGGGGACAUGUUUGACACCAGACACGACAGCGAGACUCUGGUGUCAAUCGCAUGCAACAAGAAGGAUCGGGCUACUGAGAUGAGGCGCUACAGCGAUUUGGUGGCUGAUGAAUUCUUAGAAAAGAUGGAAACUGUCCUCUGUCCUGAUCCAGUCAUUAAGUGCCCUGAUCUCCCCUGUACAAGUGAACUUGACUCAGCACCUUGUGUUGCGAGGCCUGUGGAUUUGGUAUUUCUAUUGGAUGGUUCAGAGCGUCUCGGGGAGAGAAACUUCCUCCUUGUUCGUGAAUUUGUUCAGAAGGUUGCAGACAGGCUGGUACUGGCCAGGACCAGGACCGAUCGAGAGCGAGCCCGUCUGGCACUGAUGGAGUUUGGCAAGGAGUCAGAGAAUCGGGUGGCUUUCUCUCUAACACAUGACCCUGUCCAGAUUGUUAACAGUUUAACAGCUUUACAGUAUCUAGAUUCUUCUUCAAGCGUGGCGCCCGGCAUCAUACAUGCCAUCAACAACAUCCUGGUUAGAGGAAGCGCCCGGCAAAUGAGGCCCAAUGCAGAGAUUUCAUUCGUUUUCAUUACAGAUGGUGUCACUAACAGCGACAACCUGGACGAAGCGAUCAGUGCCAUGCGUCGUCACGAGGUGGUCUCCACGGUGAUUGCCACAGGAAGUGAUGUUGAUCAAGAAGUCCUGACAAAGCUGGCUAUGGGGGACCAGCACGCCAUCUUCAAAGCAGAAAAAUUCUCAGAUUUUUUAAGGUCCGGUAUGUUUGAUCGUUUCAUCCGGUGGGUGUGUUAGAGAGAGAAUGCUCCUGUGAGCCAAUACUGGUGCUACAGCUGUUAAUCCAACAUUUUCAAGGAUAAUUAAAAUUUAUUUCAACCUGAUAGUAUUUUACAUUAAUGUGGCUGUUGUGGCUCUAUUGAGGAAAGCAUCCUACAGUGAAACAAGACUGUGCUCUCUGCAGCUUUAUACUGGGUCAUAGUGCAGUCCUUGAUUUUACCCUCUGAGGAUAUCUCAGAUAUCUCUGAGGAUAUUCUCCAUCUUUGAGACCAUGCAAGAGCCAACUUCAUCCUCCACUUUGUUUAACACCUCACAUGUGUACUAAAAUUUAAAUUAAAACAAAACUUUGACGGGAUUUUGUUUUAGCAAUUUGUAGAAAAUCAUCCCAACACUUUCAUUUUUGGAUGCAGAUGCAAUUAGCAACAGGUCCACUCCAGGCAGCUAAAUUCUAAGCUUAGGUCAGAAUCAAAAGCAAAAGUUAAAAGACUACAUUGUCUGGAUAACCUCAGGAGCUCGCGCUUGUUUCCUCUUGAAGCUUGUAGAGCUGCAAUGGCCAAACUGAUUGGGGAAUACACAAGGUUGAAAUAAACUAGAUUUCUUCUUUAACCCAUAGACAGUAUAUAAAAGAAACACAGGCACCCACUGUGUUUGAAAAGUGAAGCCAUGUGCCAUACAACUGAGGGUCUCUAGGUGCUUCCUUGUUCUGUCAGUGGUUAAAGUAAUUCAUUGGCAGCUGCAGCUCAAGCAGAAUUUAUGGUCCCGCAACGGUGGUGCGUUCACUGUCCGGUAGCAAUCCAAGGAUGGCCUGUCUGCCUGUUGCCAGAUGGAGGCAGUGUGCAAAAUAUGUGGUACAGCAGUCUGUGGGUCACUCUAGCUUGUGCUGCUGUUGGUACAUCAGACAGCCGUGGAGAAGAGCAACUUUAUAACAUACAAAGAGCUGAAGUGAAAAUGAGUGUUUAAAAACAAUGAAAAGUGUCCAAUGUCUGUGCUUUUCAUGUUGUAUUCUUCCGCUAGCAGUCCCUGCUCUAUUCUGGCCCUCUUGUCAAUGAAUCAACAUUCGGCACACGCUUGCAUCAUCUGCUUCUAGACACGUGCAGUCAGAAUGUUGAGAGGCCUGCACCGGAGUAUGUCUGGGGUGGGUGGAAAAGAAACGUGUACACAGACAGACACAUUUACAGGACCAUAAAUUACACUUUGCCUUGUGUAACUCAAUUUAAGUGGGACUAGAUUUUUUUAAUAUAUACUAUAUUACCAAAAGUAUUCACUCACCCAUCCA